GUAGUUAUUCGACGCCUUCCUCCUUGUCUGACUAAGGAGCAACUGGAGGAACAGCUACAUCCUCUACCUGCCCAUGAUUAUUUUGAGUUUUGCACUGCUGAUCCCAGCCUUUAUCCUCAUCUCUACUCAAGAGCAUACAUUAACUUUAGAAAUCCUGAGGACAUCCUUCUUUUUAGAGAUCGCUUUGAUGGCUAUGUCUUCAUUGAUAAUAAAGGUCUGGAGUAUCCUGCAGUGGUUGAAUUUGCUCCAUUCCAGAAAAUUUCAAAAAAGAAACUGAAGAAGAAGGAUGCCAAGGCUGGGAGCAUUGAAGAUGAUCCAGAAUAUAGGAAAUUUUUAGACAGUUAUUGUGCUGAUGAAGAGAAAAUCUGUGCCAAUCCUGAGAUUCUUUUGGGAGAGAUUGAGGCCAAAACAAGGGAACUCAUUGCUAGAAGAACAACACCCCUUUUGGAAUAUAUUAAAAAUAGAAAAUUAGAAAAGCAGAGACUACGAGAAGAGAAGAGAGAAGAACGGAGGCGGAGGGAAAUGGAGAAGAAACGUCUGCGGGAGGAGGAGAAAAGGAAGCGCAGAGAAGAGGAGAGACGUAGAAGGAAAGAAGUGGAGAAGCAAAAGAAAAUUUCUGAAAAAGAAAUAAGGAUCAAGCUUCUCAAGAAGCCUGAAAAAGGAGAUGAACUGGCCAGUGAAAAGCACAAGGAAAAAGGUGAAGAAGAUGACACUGAGGAAAACAAAUGGGAUAAAUCACCUGGAUCUGGGAGUAUAAAAUCCAGAUCUUUGGAGGGUUCACUAAAAGAAUUUAAGGAAAAGUCACAAAAUGAUAGUGACAAAGAGCAAAGAGAUUUGGAGAGAAGAUUUCGAGAAAAAGAACCUGAAAGACAAAGGUACCGAUUGGAUGAUGGCAGAAAGCAUAGAGCUCACUAUGAGUUUGACAAGUUUGUGAGAAGGAAUGAAGAAGAGCUGAAGUGGGGGAAAGGAUACAACCAAGACAGAGGAAAGAAAGGGAACUACAACUACAGCUUCACUGUGGAGGCAGUAGACAAACUGGGUAAAGAGGACAAGUGUGAUGACAUGGCAUCCAAAAAGGAGCGCAUAAGAAAUAAGGACCGCCCAGCCAUGCAGCUGUACCAGCCAGGAGCCCGCAUCCGAACGCACACGGGAGCUACCAGUAAAACCUCCGAGUGCUGCGGUGGGAAGGCCUUUGAAGAUGCUCUUGAUAAAAAGGAUGAGGCAGAUAAUUCAGCUGGGGGUGGUUCUGAGAAGAGCGAAGAAGCAGAAUAAAGCAAACUGGAGGAAAGAGUCAUGAAAAGGGAUGAACUUAACAUUCAGCCUCAUCACAAAAAUAUCCAUAGGGCUGUUUCAGAACCCCACGGGUGAUCACUCCAACAAAAUUACAAUAGCUCUGCCUCUUACUUCCU